GAUCACUGCCCUCGCGAGAGAAUCUCGACUAUAAAUCGCCCAAUUUCAAGAUCAGAGACAAAGCUAGUUGAUCAUUGUUAUCUAUUCAACUCAAGUUGAAUAUCUAGAAGAACACAAUUUUGGUUUCUUUAAGCCUCAUAUACACAUACAUACGUACAAAAUGUCCCAAAACCGUCUCCCAGGCUCCACCCGCGGCGGCGCCAGCGCCCAACCCACGCCCGCCAACAACUCCGGCGGAGGCAGCGGCUGGGGCGACGAGGGCUAUCCCAAGGGAGGAGGCCUAGGAACUGCGAACCAGACAUCAUCGGACGAGGUUUCUCCCGACAUCCUCACGACGCCCGCACUCCAAGGCAUCUCGCAGCAAAAGCAAGCCGCAGAGCAAAAGUUCAUGAGUCGGUGGGAUGAAGGACACGAUGAGCGGGAGGGAACAUGUGCUACGGAAGAUCAUAGUUUCAUGGGGACGAAGCCCGGUGGGUCGGAUGCUUUGCCGGGUUGGAAUGUGUUGAAGGAUAAGUUGGGAUUUCUUUAUCCGGAGUAAUUUUGGGAAGUUCUGGGUUUGAUUGGUUAGGUUUUAUGAAUAAAUGAACGAAUUGUUCUGGGAAAUGAAUAUGUUGUUUGAUUAUAUGGGGUUUGAGGUUGAGGGAACACACAGGUGUUGUUUGUAUGAAAUAUGUUUGAUGGGAUAUAUGAUGCGGGGUAGUUGAUUGUAUUGGUAUAGCAUGGAUGUAUGUCACA